UUUUUUCUACAUUGAGUAAUAAAUAUAUGUCCAUUGUGCAAAAAGUAUUGUACUCAUCUGGGAAUGUAUAUUUACUAAACUUGCCUGUUUUAAUGAUCUAUAUUUGGCAAAAAUUCAGUAUAAGUCAUCAAAAUGUGCUUUAGGCUGUCUUUGAAAUUUUGAAUCAUGGGAAAAAUGUGAAGACAUUGAAAUGUAUUAAAUGUGAAAGAAUUGAAAGUAUAAUAUAUGGGAGAAAACAUUUUCCAAUCUUGUUUGAGUGUGAAGGGAAAAUGAGAGGAUAAACUAAGAGACCAAUUAAAGGAAAAGGAUUCCAGUUUUUUCUUUUAAAAUACUGUUUCCAUCUUGUUUUCUUGUUCAUUUUCCUUCACUUUUUUUCUAACAUCUAAAUUAGCAUUAAUUUUCUUUAUCAAGUGUGAUUUGGCUUAUGUAGUGUUCGUUUGCAUGUUGUCUGAAAAGCUUAAAAUUAUGGUUGGACAAGAUGAAUAGGUCUAGUGUUUUGCUGUUUACCUGCUAUAGUUAUAAAUGGUUUACUCUCUGUACCUCCAAAAAACUUCUUCUGAAUCAACUUUCGUAUUGGUUCUUGUUCCAUCUCAUUGAUGGUGGCAGCUACUAGAGUUGUCUACUAACUUCCAUACCACAAGUCUUAGGAUCUUGGUGGAUGCCCAAGGAUUGCGUUGGAGAGAGGUUUGGAGUGAGAACGUUUUCUUCUAAUUGAUAUUCUCAGUAAGUUAAUUUUCACUGGUAUUAGGAUUCAAUAUAGUGCGUAUGAUAGUCCUGUUAGGAAUAGGUUUCUUACUAAACUCUAACCAGGAGUUAGAUACAUGCGAGUGUGUAUAGAUGAAUGGAUUUGACACGAUUUGACCUAACCUAUAAUCCAACAUAGCUGGAAAUGGUUAAACUUAUGUUUUGAAUUUUAUGCUUGAUUUGAUUAUAUCUGUGUCACAAUCAUUGUUUUCUCUUCUAAUGGGUCAACAAAGAGGUAAAAUGUCCACCUUUAUUUAAUCAAUCUUUGUCGUCACUUUUUUUAAGAAAUAUGUAAAUUCUUUAAGAGUUCUCUCCGGGUAAAAUUGGAUUUAAAGGUAUUUUUUACUCGAUUUAAAUUCAAAUUUUAGAUAAAAUAAAAUAAAAUUGGAAUAGAAUUGAGUCGAACUCGAAUACAGAGAAAUGCUCUAAACUUGAUUGAGUGCUAUUAUAAAAGUUAAACCGCAGGUGCAGAGUCGUUGAAGUCUGGGUCUAUUGAUGAAAGAGGCGACAAGGAGGUUAGUAUAUCUUCUAAAACCACUGUUGAGUAUCAAAUUUGUCAACUUGUUGGGAAAUCUUGGACUAUGAGGUUAAGCUUUACGAGAUGGUCUUUUGCCGGUUGAGUAUGAAAUAAGUUAGACCCUUUGUUACAUUUCGCAGUAUCAUAGCUUUAAUUGAAAUAGAAAUAGUUAAUUAGUUACUUUAGUAUUACUCUGAAUUGUGUGACAUCUAUCGUUUACUUAACUUCAAAGCACUUGAUGAAAUGGGAGACCGUAUAAAUGAGCUGGAGCAGAGCAUCAAUGACCUAAAAGCAGAGAUAGGAAUGGAGGGCUCUCCAUCCCCUUUAGCCCCACCUAAGCAAAAGUCAGACGGAGCGAAUCAAGAGGAUGACUCUGCAUAAAACUUGGCCAAAGAUUGUAUUUAGCGGUUAAUUGUGAAUGCAAUUCAUUCUAAUUUGGUGAUAUCUUGUUUUGGGUUUAGAUGAUUUCGAUCUUAGCUUUCAGUUGUUUUUAAUUUGGGUUCUGAGGUUUAUUUAUUGCGUGUGGUUUUAGAUCAUUAGGGACACAGUUCACUUCAGAGUUAUGUUAAUUUGGUUUUGAGUUAAAUUUUGUAUGAUCCAAUUGAGUUGAGUUAAAAAAGGGUUUUCUGGGUUUUAUAAUUUGCUUCUUUAAUAACUGCUUUUCUUUUUUUGUUCAUUUAUAUUCUUAUGUUUUCCAUGUGUUUGUUUUAAUGCCUGUUUGGUAUUUAAUAUAUAUAUAUGUUUUGUUGGCUUUGAAGGUACGAAGAUCCUCAUCAUGGUGAGGGGAAAAGCACAAAUGAGGCGCAUAGAGAACGAUACGAGCAGGCAAGUUACAUUCUCAAAACGACGAAAUGGGCUACUAAAGAAAGCUUUUGAACUAUCAGUUCUUUGUGAUGCUGAAGUUGCUUUAAUCAUCUUCUCUCCUAAAGGCAAGCUCUUUGAAUUUGCAAGCUGUAGCAUGCAGCAAACUAUAGAACGUUAUAGGUGGCAUACAAAGGAUAACAAAACCAAUAAGCCAAUUGAACAAAACCUGCAGGUUAGCAUGUCUUUUGUUUUUGAUGUCUUAAUGCAAUUAAUUAUAGAUUUAUUUAUGAUUUUCAUCUCUUUACUUUAUAUAGAUUCUCCUCCAUUUGUUAGUAAACACAUGAAUUUGAAUCGCUUGUUUUUGUUAAUUGUCACCUAUAAAUUGCAUCUAAAGGCUGAAUCAGCAAACAUGUUGAAGACAGAGGAUCUUGAAGUUUCAAGAAGGUAUUGGUCUUUUUAUAAGAUUCAACCCCCCACCAAAAUAUAUAUUGGGGUUAAAAUAUAAGGUAAGUCCAUGUACUCUUAAAAAUUUUGAUCCAUCUGGACAUUAAAGGCUUUCUGCCAUGCAGCAAUAAGCUCCAGUUGCAGGCUUUUUGGCAUAUGUAGAAUUAUCUCGGCACUCACAAAUGCUUUUGCUUGCCAAGGAUGUUUCUGGUCUACUUAGAUGAACAAUGCUUAUUUGUUUUUUUGUUUUCUUUUAACUAUAAAUGAUAAGAAUGGAGUCUUAAUGACAAUUAUUAUCAAUGCUCUUUUACUCA